UCACUUCCGCCCCACGUGAAACGCUCAGUGCAUGUGAGGAGCAGUGCUCACAUUUACGGCAGGUUUCUUCACGUUUACAGGCCACUAUAUCACAUAUUGUCACCUUAUGAUUAUUGAUAGCAGGACUAUGGAUUCGGCAGAGGAGGAGUCGCUGCUCGGACAAGAGUCGGAGGAGGAAAACAGUGAAUUAUCAGACGAUGAGCUUCAAGAAGCCUUUGCAAAGGGGUUGUUGAAGCCGGGGAUGAACGUUUUGGUGGAUGAACCCAAAAAGUUUGUCAACAAUGUGGAGGGUUUGAAACAUUGCCUCGCUGAACUCCGUAAAGACCUUCCCUGGGUGGAGAGGUUGGAUAUGACCAACCUGCCGGCUGAAGACGUUUUUUCCAACACUGAAGGGAACAUUCCGAGUGUGAAAAAUGGAGUCGUCGAUGCGGAUGAUGAUUUCCAGAGAGAGAUGUUAUUCUACCGUCAAGCUCAAGCUACAGUUCUGGAUGCAUUGCCUCUCCUCAGCAAGCAUGGCAUAACCACCAAGAGGCCUGACGAUUACUUCGCAGAGAUGUCCAAGUCCGAUCAGCAGAUGCAGAAGAUUAGGAAGAAGCUGAUCUCAAAGCAGCUGAUACUGGAGAAGUCGGAGAAGGCCAAGAAACUGCGUGAGCAAAGGAAGUUUGGCAAAAAGGUCCAAGUAGAAGUGAUUCAGAAGAGGCAGAAGGAGAAGAAGGCUAUGAUGACUGCUGUAAAAAAAUACCAGAAAGGAAUGACCGACAAACUGGAUUUCCUGGAAGGAGACCAGAAGAAGGGUAAAGACUCUUCUACCGCUCCUCAGGGUGCCAACAAAGCGGCGGCGGCGGCCAAGAAGGGCCCCAAUUCAAAGAGAAAAUACAAGGACCAGAGGUUUGGCUUCGGAGGCAAGAAGAGUGGAAAGAAGUGGAACACCAAGGAGAGCCACAACGACGUUUCCAGUUUCCGAGCUAAAGUGGCUAAUGCAAAGGGCAGCAAGGGAGGGAAGAAAGGCGCCAAAGGAGGGAAACAAAACAAACGCCCGGGCAAGUCUGUGCGCAAGAAGAUAAAGUCUCGCUCGUAAAGACUGACUGAGGCUAGCUGGACCUUGUUUCUAGGCAGGAGUUCCCUCACCUGUUUCUCGAGUCUCUCCACCAGGUGACAUUUAGGAGAACGUGGGCGUUUCUUCUAAACUUUUUGUAUAACAUGCCUUCAGUAAAAAGUGUGGAGUACCCUUCAAGUCCCAGAGAGAGAGAGAGAGACGUCUUGCGAUAUUGCUGAGGAAGCUGUUUGAAGGACAUGACUGGUAGAAAAGGUCUACCUCUGCAGAAAUGGUAAACCCAAGAGUGGACUACAUAGAGCUACCCACACCACAAAAUUGUUUUCCCGAAAAGAGAGAAUUUGAAUGUUAAUAGAAUGUCUUCUUUUCUUUUAUUAGUUGUUAGACCAAUUUGUAUUGUCUGUGGACAUAAUUCAUUUUCCAUAUGCCUAUUUUAUAAGGUGGUUUUAAAGCCACUUCCUGUGAUUACUCCUCAAUGUCUGCACUGCCUUGCUGUCCACACUGUGUGUGCUUUUGGAGUUUGGUAUAUCCACUUUUAUUUUUUCCAACUCUGCUCCUUGACUCACUGUUUCUCUCCCAUGUGACAUGACAUUUUAUAAUAUUGAGCAGCUGAUAGUUUUGCCCUUUCUCCUAUUCUUCAAUAUGAAUUAGUAUGUCAUGGGCAAGUGUGCUCUGUAUAGACUCGGGCAAAUGUUGCCCCUGCAAGUGUUUUACUUAGCUAGCUAAUAUGGGAACGCUAAAGAGCAGCUUCUGGCGAUGACACCUGUAUGUUUGUAUGAUAAACAAAUAAAUCUGAACAAAGAU